GACGCGUGCCCCAGCCUCUACACCGUCGUCUCUGGGGACACUUGCCCUGCCGUGGAAGCUACAGAGGGACUCACUGCGGCGCAAUUGUUAGCCCUCAACCCUUGGCUGGAUUCGAACUGCGAUCUCGAGAUCGGCGAGGUGUUGUGUGUUGGUCCAAACUCGUCGCCGACGUCGACUGUCUACACGGUUGUCAGCGGUGACUACUGUGCCGAGAUUGAGUCCGACUACGGACUCACCGCUGCGCAGCUCUAUGCGCUGAACCCGUGGCUCGAUUCCGCCUGU